GAGGCUGAGACUGAGACUGAGACCAAACAAACACAAGCGUGUAAGUGUAACAUAGGUAGUUUCUCAACAAACAAAAGAAAAAAAAGAAAAGUGUAACAUAGGAUAGGUAGUGUAUUAAGUUGGUAACAUAUAGUAAAAAACUUAGCGAUAAUUUGAGGGUUACAUCUAAUAAAAACUGUCUUUCUUCUUAUCAAAAAAAAAAAAAACUGUCUUUCUUCUGCUGUCUAUGCCAGUAUAUUUAUAGAUGGUAGAGCUGUUUUUCGUGAUUAUCGACCCUGGAUUCUCGGCUUAAUCAUUGGGAGGUCCGCUUAUGCCUUUCUGGUGGGUGUUGUGAGCGGGGGUUAGCUAUCUAAUUCGAGAUUUGCUGCAGAUAAGUAGCUCUUUUGCUUAUUUGUGAAUCGACUCUUUGAGGAUUUGAUUAUUUUGUUUGUGUUGAAUAUGUUGGGUACUUUUAUUUGAUUCUAGUAUUGGUGAAAAAAACUGUUUUAGGUCUUGGUGGAUUUUGUAUAGAAAAAAUUGUGGUAUUUGUAAUUGGUAUUGAAAUUUUGGAAGUGGGUUUGUAUUUGUUUUUUAUUUCUAUGGGAAAAUAUGGGUAUAGUUGCUUAAAAGUUGAGAUUUUGAAUAGCCCCAGGAGGGGGAGGAGGAGGUUGUAGACUGAACAAGGAAUUGGGGUUGAAAAUAAGAAAUGCGUUAUGCAUAUUUUUUAUUUUAUAGAGUUGGAUUUAGUAUAUAUGAAUGGCUUCAACUGAGUGGGAACUGGGAAGGACCUGCAACCUAGGGUUUUAGGGGUGAUGGGAUUUAUGGGUCUGAUCUGAAUUGUUGUUUGGAGUAAGCAAUGGAAGGUAAUUUACCACAAGGAGGUAUGAUUCCAGGUGGUGGGGGUUCCUAUGGAGGGUUUGACUUGCAAGGAUCAAUGAGAGUUCCUCAUCAAACACAACACCCACAUACAAUACACCAACAUCAUUCUCUUCCUCGCCAAGGGUCAGCUGUACAUCCCUCGAUUCAUGAGGGCUUUCCGCUCACAAUGGGAACCAUACAAAACUGUGAUCAAACCAUUCCAAUGGUAGAUUUCAAUAAGGGGGAGAGGAGCAAAAACUCAAUGAGUGAUGAGGAUGAACAGAGUUUUACUGAAGAAGGUGUUGAUGGUCAUAAUGAAGCAAGUAGAGGGAAGAAGGGGUCACCAUGGCAGCGUGUGAAGUGGACUGAUAAGAUGGUGAGGCUUCUGAUUACUGCUGUUUCUUAUAUAGGUGAAGAUGUUGCCUCCGAUUGUGGCAGUAGUGGGGGGAGAAGGAAAUUUGCGGUUCUACAAAAAAAGGGCAAGUGGAAAUCUAUCUCGAAGGUCAUGGCUGAGAGGGGUUAUCAUGUUUCACCACAGCAGUGUGAGGAUAAAUUCAAUGACCUUAACAAACGUUAUAAGCGGCUUAAUGAUAUGCUUGGGAGGGGCACUUCUUGCCAGGUUGUUGAGAACCCUGCACUUUUGGAUGUGAUAGACUACCUGACAGAGAAAGAGAAGGAUGACGUUCGGAAAAUAUUAAGCUCAAAGCAGUUGUUCUAUGAAGAAAUGUGUUCUUACCAUAAUAGUAACAGAUUGCAUUUACCUCAUGAUCAAGCAUUACAGCAUUCAUUACAGUUGGCCCUUAAAAGUAGAGAUGAUCAUGAUAUUGAUGAUGCCAGGAAGCACCAACAUGAUGAUCUUGAUGAAGAUGAUCAAGAUAUGGAAACUGAUGAUCAUGAUGACUUCGAGGAGAAUCAUGCUUUACAUGGGGAUAACAGGGGGAUAUAUGGAGUGUUAGGGUCAGCAAAGAAAUUGAGACAAGGCCUGGCCCAUGAAGAUAUUAAUAUUGGGAAUCCCUUGAAUUCCCAGGACUACAACAGAAGUCCUUAUUCUCAAGCACAAAUUGCCCAAUCUGAUAUGAAUCAAGCCUUACCUGAGAACAUGAGAGCAGCUUGGUUACAAAAGCAGUGGAUUGAAUCUCGUUCUCUUCAUUUGGAAGAACAGAAGCUCCAAAUUCAAGUUGAGAUGUUGGAAUUAGAGAAACAGCGGUUCAAGUGGCAGAGGUUUAGCAAGAAAAGAGACCGUGAGUUGGAAAAACUGAAGAUGGAAAAUGAGAGGAUGAAACUUGAGAAUGAGCGUAUGGCACUGGAAUUGAAACGAAAGGAAAUGAGUGCUGGUUUUAACUAGUUGGCUGGUCUUGUCAAGCUUAGUUUAUCAUUAUUGUUACAUGCUUGCUAUAAGUCUCCUUUGCUACUGGCAAGCUGCAGUUGGUUUCAAGUGUUUUAUCACAAAUUGGAUGGGGGAGCCUUGUUGGAAAUCAAUGACACUGUCAGCAUAACUGUGUAAUCAUAGGAUGGUUCAAAUUACCAAUGGCUAAUUCUAGUUCAUUUGCCUUAAGUGAAAUCGUAUUGCCUAUGGUUGAAGAAUUUUGUGGCUAGCAUUUCCUGUUUUUACUUUAUUUUGUUUCAGGUUUGACAGUUUCUCCUCUGGGUAUGUUUGAGCUAUAAACUUAUGUCUUUAGGGAGGCUAGGCUAGGGAAUACAGUAAAGAAUGAUGUGGUUAGUACUGUUGUGAAGUUUAAUGUUACAAUGAGCACUCUAUAUCUCUAUUGGUUACAGCGAGGAAUACAGUAAAGAAUGGUGUGGUUAGUACUGUUGUGAAGAUUAAUGUUACAAUGAGCACUCCAUAUCUCUGUUGUCUCUGAAGUUUGGUUGUAUUUCCCUAUGGUUGUUGAGUUCCUCAGAAAUAGGUGAAAUAGGUGGAUAGCAUAGUUGGGUAUUGAGUAAAUUUAGCCUCUUUGUCAACUCUUUCAACAGAUUAUUGGUAGGACAAAGGUUUUGUUUCUCAUAUGGAUUGCUAUUAAUUUUAAUCUUAGCGAAUCUUUCCUUUUUGGGCACAAUAUAUUUACUGGAGGAGGGAGAUCCAUCUAUGCAGAGGAAGAUUGUGAUAGUCUGUUGUGUUUGUCAUAUUUUCAAUAAUCUGCAUUUAGGCUGUGUCUGUCAUGGCGUAAAAUCCAGCUCAAACUGAAAAUGUUUUUGGUUGACCAGGAAAAUGCAGUUUUGAGAUGUGUAAAUUGUUUUAUGCCCCAAACAAACAUAAACAUUUUUCUCUCUUCACAUAGCCUUUAGCCAGAGGUUAGGCCUUGGUGUAAUGGUAAGUGCCUUCCAUCAAAAGAGACAAGUCGCGGGGUUUGAGUCUAAGAAUCAGCCACUACCAAACCAAAAAAAAAAAAAAAAAUGAUAAGACUACCUACCAUGAUCACUCCCAUGACUCGCAAAAGUGGAA